UUCAACUUGCUGUAUAAACAAACUGUCAUCUUUACUGAAUUAUUACAAUUUGCUUUAAAAUGCAGAAAGCCUUAACUCCUGAGUUGCAGUGCAUUGCUAAGUCUUUAUACGAAUUCGUCAAGUAUCCCACCCAUGCAAAAAAAGUAUGUAGCUUGUAUAAGAGAGUGCUACGCGAUUUAGAAUGCUCCGUGUCUGAAAGAGCCGCAUUUUGUUAUAGAAUGUCGCAAAUCAGACAGUGUUUCGAAAAAAACCGAGAUGUUGAUAUCACCGAAGGUGCAGAUUUAUUACAUAAAGGUGAAGAAGAAUUGUUCUACAAUUCUCAUCCGAUACCAAGAUAUUUUCAAUUUUCACCUGGAGGUGUCGCUUACGAAAGAGAAGUGCAACCGCCCGACUGGGUUCUUGAUUAUUGGCAUCCUAUAGAAAAAGAGCAAUAUCCUGUAUAUUUUGCAAGAAGGGAGGUUCGGAAGAAGGAGUUUAUCGAUAGAUGGCUUAAAAAAUAUUCCACUAACAAAAAUGAGUUAGAGAAAUAAUUAUAAAGCCGCCCUGAAAACAUAUUCAAUUAAAUGUAAUAAAUCAUUGUUAUCCCG